UUUACCCUCCCCCACCCUUCGUCUCUAUUUAGAAAACCUGCUUCGCGAUUGGGCGGAGAGCGCACCCAGGCCACGCCCAACGAAAGCGGGGGGCGUGGUUUCGAGCGUUCUCUAUUUCUGCCUGCGGUCGAGCGCGAGCUGUUUGUGGGGCUUGGUUGCUCAAAGUUCUGUUUUGUGGUGAAUCUCAGCUCUUCUUGGAGCCGUUUCCUUCCCAUACUUCCAUGAUGAGUCUCCAGUGGGCAGCUGUGGCCACAUUUCUCUAUGCAGAAGUCCUUCUUGUGUUUCUCCUCUGCAUUCCCUUUAUCUCAGCAACAAGGUGGCAGAAAAUCUUCAAGUCCCGUUUGGUGCAGCUCCUUGUGAUUUACGGAAACACUUUCUUUGUCGUACUUAUAAUCAUCCUUGUUUUGUUGUUUCUUGAUGCCAUUCGUGAGAUCCGGAAAUACGAUGAUGUGACAGAGAAAGUGAACCUGCAGAACAAUCCUGGGGCUGUGGAGCAUUUUCAUAUGAAGCUCUUCCGGGCCCAGAGAAACCUGUACAUUGCUGGAUUUUCUUUAUUGAUGGCCUUCCUCCUGAGGCGACUGAUUACCCUAAUUUCUCAGCAUGCUACCACCCUGGCCUCUAAUGAAGCCUUCAAGAAGCAGGCAGAAGGAGCAAGCGAUGCUGCCAAGAAAUAUAUGGAGGAGAAUGACAAGCUGAAAAAGGAACUGAAGCUGGCAGGGGUGGAAGUGGCCGACCUAGACAUCAAGAGCAUUGGGGCGGAGGAAGAAAACCGAACUCUGCAUGCUGAAGUCAAGAAACUACAGGAUGACUUGACCUCCACCAAAAAAGCCCUGAGCAAGGCAGACAACGAGGCAUUGGCUAUGCGCAAACAGGCUGAAGGAUUGACAGCCGAGUACGACAGACUGCUGAAGGAACAUGCCAAACUUCAGGCAACUUUUGAAGGCCAAAAGGAUAAGAAGGACGAAUGAUUCCUGUCUCGGUUGGAUUGCCCAGUCUCCAUCCUGUUCCUUCUUGUACAUUUGUCUUUUUCUGGUGGUGGGACCUAACUGAACCCUUAGUUCUUAUCUGCUCCUGCCCCUCUCCCAAACAACUCUCCCCUCCCCCCCAGAUGCUGCUAUAGCUUUUGAGCAGACAGCGGGUCUUCAUUGCGUCUGCUGGCAAGAGACAACUGAUGCCUGUCACUGUAUCCCUGGGAGACUCUCCAGGAGGUAGGGUAGGGUGGAGAAGGGGUGGGUGCAGAAGGAGAAUCCAUUGAGGCUGAGAGCCAGCAGCAUGUCCUGGUGCUGUGCUGGGGAGGUUGCCUGGCUAUUUCAGCAUGCACUCUUAACAGGGCCUGCCUCUUUCAGCUGCAUUUAUUUUGCCACGCAUUGGCCAUUUCUCUGCACCAUUCUAGGCUGAAGAGUCCAUGUUGAGUUUGUGUGCCUGAAUGGAAAGGGGGAAAGAUUGGCCAUAUGUCCAUACCCUCUCUUAAUUUUUUUUAAUAUGCGAAAUAAAAGGUGACUGUACAAAGCUUCUUAUUAAAUCUUUGGAACAGUA